AUGUAAAGGAAAAGCAAAAAUGGAAAUAUUAAUAGCUAAAAGCAAGAAAAGGUGAAUCGCAGCAAUUGCCAGGCAGGCAAGCUCUGCAACCGAGUUAACUCAGCUCCAAAGUAGAAAGUUUAUCGAGUAGACCCAUUUCACUCACUUUUUUCCUUCUUCUACUCUCUCUCGUUGACCACUUCUACUCUCAGCGCUAGGAAAUGAGAAGAGUCGUGAAGUGAAUUGUGUGAUUCUUUUCUCUCGAUAGCUCGAUUUUUGGUUUCUGUUGAGAGAUAAAUCCUUCAGAUGCCCUACAAACAUCGGAUAUGAUUGAUCAAUUCAUCAAUUUCGUCAUUCGCCCUCCCAGGGCUGAUUAUAACCCAGAUCUGUAUUUGUGGGAGAAGGAUUUCACUCUUGCUGGCAGAGCAUACAAGAGACAAGACUUGGAGCUCACCAAUGCAAGGGGUCAUACUUUGCGCUGCAGUCACUACGUGCCUUCGCCUUUUCCUGAAGAUACUCCUCUUCCAUGUGUUAUUUACUGCCAUGGAAACAGUGGGUGCAGGGCAGACACAAAUGAAGCUGCAGUCAUUCUUCUUCCAUCAAAUAUAACUGUUUUUACUCUUGAUUUUUCCGGUUCUGGCUUAUCCGAUGGUGACUUUGUCAGCCUUGGUUGGCAUGAGAAAGAUGAUCUCAAGGUUGUGGUUUCACAUCUAAGAAGCAGCAAACACAUUUCCCGUAUAGGCCUUUGGGGGCGAUCAAUGGGAGCCGUCACUAGCCUUCUUUAUGGAGCAGAAGACCCAUCGAUAGCUGGAAUGGUGUUGGAUAGUGCCUUCUCAAAUUUGUUUGACCUGAUGAUGGAACUUGUAGAUGUAUAUAAAAUUAGGCUUCCAAAAUUUACAGUUAAAAUGGCAGUACAGUACAUGCGGCGCGUAAUUCAAAAGAAGGCAAAAUUUGAUAUAAUGGAUCUUACUUGCCUAAAGGUUGCACCCCAAACAUUCAUCCCUGCCUUAUUUGGGCAUGCUAGUGAGGACAAAUUCAUUCAGUCUCACCACUCGGACCUCAUUUUUAAGUCUUAUGCAGGGGAUAAAAAUAUGAUUAAGUUUGAUGGUGAUCAUAACUCCUCUCGGCCACAGUUUUACUAUGACUCAGUUUCCAUUUUCUUUUUUAAUGUUCUUCACCCUCCUCAAAGUACUGCUCCUUCAAGUAAUCUUGAGAAAUAUUACAAUUUGGGCGAUUUGAAUGUUGGUGCUGGCAUAGAUGAGAGCCUCUUAUGCGAGUUAAUCACAGGCCUCCGAUCUGCCUGUACUGAUGCUGCAAGUUCAUCUGCAGCCCCUCCUAGCAUUCCAAUCAUAAAACCUGUUGAUGAACUUCUUUCUGAAGUACCGCCAGUUACUAGUAUAGCAGUGGAUUCCUUGGUCAGUGAGAAUGAUAGGAUCAGCAAAGAUGAUCCAUUAAAGUUGCAGGAUAAGCCAAAUGUCCAGGGCGAGGAUUGUUGUUCAUACACCAGCUCAAAUAGAGAGAGUUGGGGAAGAUGCUCUUCCCUUGGAGGCAGCGAUGAAGAAUCUUCUGCUGAAUGCAGAGCUACUGACAACAGCCAUGAGAUAUCCAUAGAGGCUUUUGCAACACCUCUAAGAAGCACACGACAUAAAUCCCCUAAUGCCGGAAAAGAAGAAAAGAGAAAGAAGAAGAUAGCCAUAGCAGUUCCAAAGAAGCUCAAGGGCGAUAAACUUGAAAAGCUUGAAGCCCUUAGUAAGCGGCUGCGUUAUUGCAUUUUAAGGCGAGUGAACCAUCAGAGACAUGGCUCUUCAUAACUUCAGCUGUACCAUAGUAACAAGUUUAUUGUCAACUGAUUGAGAUUAUCUCAAAGUAUCUCUUCACCCUCGCUUUUAGUUAAUAGUUAUUGAUUCUCUUCUAAA